AUGGAUCGAAGGAAAUUUUCCGUUGGUAGGCAAUCUCUAUUAGCUUCACAUACAAAUCAGAAAACACCUACUCGGCAGAGAUUUUCUGGUUUACAAACUCCGUUAACAGCUAAAAGAGAUGCUCGUUUUUCAUUAGGUGCCGCUCCUGCUGCACGGCGGAUGUCCGUUUUCAAGCAGCCUAAUGCGAUGCCCAGGGUGGACACAAGUGACAAGAAAUACCAACAAGAAAUGAUCGCGAAGAUUUAUGAUUUCAUCGUAGAGCUAGACGGCGAGGAAGCUGUUACUAUACAGCAUAUUGCAAAACCCACGCAGAAAGAUUUCAUAGGUUUUUUGGAAAUGAUCUAUGAAUGUUUAAGCGGAAAUUACGAAGUUGGUGAUCGUAAAAUAGCUGAAGAGAUACCACGGUUGUUUUCCUGCAUAGGUUAUCCAUAUGCUAUAAAGCCCAGUUACCUUCAACCUGUCGGCGCUUCUCAUAAUUGGCAUUACUUACUACACGCAUUAUGCUGGCUUAUUGAUCAAGUCAAAAUUUCCGCCAAACUCGAAGAAGUUGUUGGAUCUCAAAUUCUGCUCAGUGGAGAUAACAGUAAUGGGAACAUAGGAGCUUUCCGUUAUUCUUGGCUUCAAGAUCAUUUUAAAACUUGUCAUCAUAACAAACAACUCGGACUUCCCCAAGGAACAUACGAAGAGGAGCAUCAAAAUUUAAAAGAUUGGUUCCAAAACCAAGAUGAUAUUGGCGGUCAAUUAAAAGCGGCUGAAGCAGCCUUCAGUAAUCUUCGGAAAGAGAACGCAGAACUGGAAAACGAGAAUGGGAACGAGGAUAAGUACAUAGAUGAUAACAAAAAACUCGAGGAUGAUAUCCGCAAAGCGAAAGCGUAUUGUGAAGCUAUGGAUCAAGCCACCAGAAAUUCAGAAAAGGAGAAGGAAAAUGCCAUAUUCGAUCUGGAAGAAGUGAAAUCAGAAGUAGAAGGAAUACGAGAGGCCCUACAAGAGAAGAAACGGAUAAUGAACGAACAAGAGCGAGGAGCCUUCGGCAUCAGUGGUCCUGAAGCACGAGCGAUGAUGGCUGAAUUCGAUCAGAAUCGGGUACUCAUACGUGAGGUACAAAACGAGCUAGAAGCUUUGGGAAGAGAGCGAUGGAACAUCCAACCAAAAGAGUCGCAAGGAUUUGCACAUCUCUUAUCUCGUUAUUCUCACUUGAGAGAAUCAAUCAGAAGCAUAAGAAGCGAAGUCUUGGGUGAUUCGUCUGUUAGUACAGACACUGCUAGAGAUAUAAGAGAAGUACAGCAAUUAUUAAAUAAUCAGAUACGUCCUCUUAUCAACUCUACAUAUUCGGGCAUCGAAGCCAAAAAAUCGGAAAUCCGUAAUGAGAUUGGAACUGUUAGACAGAAAAUUAAUUCUUUCGACAUCAGAAUGCAAGUGGAGAAUGAGAAACUUGCUGAUAGCAAACGGAUGCUAAAAAGAAACCAAUUGAGUUAUCAGCGUAAAACGGAGGACCAGUGCCAUGAAAGACAAAAUGUUGUCUCUAAAAUAGAAAAUCUCGAAAAUGAGAAAGAAAUGCUCGAGCGUAAUCAACGCGAUAUUACUAAAAUGGAACAGGACCUUGAAAUGGCGCGGAGAGAUCUAUAUGAUACAAAAGAAAAGAUUAACGAAGGAUUCCUGAGUUUUGAAGAGCACAUUGCUUCCCAACUAUCCGGUCCAGCCGAAAUCAUUGAUAGAAUGAGAAUUGUUGUUGUGGAGUCCGAGAAAACGAUGGCCGAAUUUCUUCAUAACUUUUAUAAAGUUCAUAAAGAGCUCAGAACAUAA